AUGUCUCGAACACGAACAGCAUGAGAUGUAUAUAGUACAAUAUGUUGUAUCCUUUAUCCUAUAUCUAUAUGGCUAAUGCCUAUGCUCAUGAAUCAUGAUAGUUUGUAAAUAACUAACGCAACCUCGUCUACUACAACUACCCAUAAUUAAUGGUUGAUUCCAGAACCAUACAGUGUUAUUUCAUUCAUUCAUUCAUUCAUGUUUUAUGAACUCAUCGUGCAUGCUUCUUCUUUGUCUUUCGGAGCAGAACAAAAGGUGAUUUGAGUGUUGUUCACUGUCACGAUGGAAGCAAAUUUUCCCAUUGGUGAAGAAGAAGAAGAAGAAGAGAGCAUAUUAUAUGUCUCCGAUUCUCUUGGUUUUGCAGCCACGGAUCCUUCGUUGGAAGACAAAGACAACGAUUUCUCAGAAACCGCGAAGUUCAUAAGCCAGAUCCUCAUGGAAGAGAACGUUGAACACAGGCCUUUCUAUGACUCUUUUACAGAGAAAUCCUUCUACCACGCUCUCAUCGGUAACCUUCCUCAUUCCCCCAAUCAACACCCUCUUGUUCUUAGUCCUGAACCUGAAAUCACCACCAGCAAAACCAACUUUUUAGACCAAAAUUCUAGUGAGUUGAAGCUUCCUUCUCCAGAUUCUGAUUAUGUUUCUGUUUCUGCUUCUCAGUUUAACCCCCAAGAUCUUUCUCAAUCAAAUUCAAUUACUUUUAGUGAUGGACUCUCAGAUUUGGAUUCUUCUAUUGCCAAACUCUUAGCACACAAUAUUUUCAAUGAUGCUGAUUCCAUUUCCCAGUUUAGGAGAGGGAUGGAGGAAGCUAGCAAGUUUCUUCCUCCGGGGCCUAACCUAGUAACGGCUCUAGAUUCAAAGGGAGAACAACCAAUCAACACGUUUGAACAGAAUUCCUAUGGGUUGAAGGGUAGGAAGAAUCACAAGCGCCCAGACAUACAAAUCAGAGAAGAAGAAGAUGAUGAUGAUGAAGAAGGGAGAAGUAACAAGCAGUCAGCACUUAGCCUUGCUGAUGAGAAUGACUUGUCAGAUGCAAUUGAUAGGGUGUUUGUGUGUGUGGAAAAUGUGUGUAAUGAAGACAUUACUUUGCAUAAUGGAGCAACCAAAGUUAAGGAGCCAGAUGGAGGAGGAAAAAAGGGUCGUCCAAAGAAACAUGGGAGAAAGAAGGAAACAGUGGAUUUGAGGAAUCUUCUGCUGAUGAGUGCACAAUCUGUGUAUGCCAAUGACUUCAGGACUGCCAAUGAAUAUCUGAAGAAGGUUAGGCAGUACUCUUCUCCCACAGGGGAUGCAUCACAGAGGUUGGCUCAUUACUUUGCCAAUGGCCUUGAGGCACGCUUGAUUGGGGGUGGUACGACAGCAUUAGGAUUUUUUUCUUUGCUGAGUUCUAAGAAGGUUACUGCUGCUGAGUUUCUCAAGGCAUACCAAAUUUUCCUAUCUACCACCCCUUUUACCAAGUUUACAUAUUUCUUUGCAAAUAAAAUGAUUGGGGAAGCAGCUGCAAAGGCAGAAACCGUCCAUAUUAUUGAUUUUGGCAUCCUACAUGGUUUCCAGUGGCCAAUUCUUAUCAAGUUUUUAUCAAAAAGAGAGGGUGGACCUCCCAAGUUGAGGAUCACAGGCAUAGAAUUUCCCCAACCUGGAUUUCGCCCCACAGAAAAAAUUGAGGAGACCGGUCGCCGUCUAGCUAACUAUUGCAAGCGUUACAAUGUUCCUUUUGAGUAUCAUGCCAUAGCAUCAAGGAGCUGGGAAACCAUUCAGGUUGAAGCCCUUAAAAUUGAGAGAAACGAGGUAGUUGCUGUCAACUGUUACUUGAGGUUUGAAAAUUUACUUGAUGAGAGUACUGAUGAAUUGGACAGUCCUAGAAAUGCAGUCCUGAAUUUGAUCAGGAAGAUAAAUCCGGAUAUUUUCACUCAGGUCAUCAAUAAUGGAUCACAUAAUUCCCCUUUCUUUGCCACACGGUUUAGGGAGGCACUCUUCCAUUUUACUGCUGUUUAUGAUGUGUUUGACACUGUCGUACCUCGUGAUAAUGAAUGGAGGAUGAUGAUUGAGAGCGAGAUUUUGGGCCGGGAGGUUAUAAAUGUUGUAGCAUGUGAAGGUCCUCAGAGGGUUCAGAGGCCUGAGACGUACAAACAGUGGCAGGUUAGGAUUACAAGGGUUGGUUUCAAGCAGCUCCCACUGAAUAAGGAAUUAAUGGCCAAAUUUAGGACUAAGUUAAGGGAAUACCACAGAGAUUUUGUCCUAGAUGAAGAUAACAAUUGGAUGCUUCAAGGUUGGAAGGGGCGCAUUUUUAAUGCUUCCACUUGUUGGGUGCCGGCAUAAUGAGAUGCUACUGGACUUAUGGAUUUGGUACAUAACUCAUACAAAAGAUAUUUCAGGAUGCAUGUUGCGAUGGUGAAGCUUAUUUUGCUCAUCAAAUGGUUAUAGGUUAUGGUAUCCUUGGUCUGGGAGCCUGGUUGCUUAACCUUCAGGUGCUGCGGUGAAGAUUGUACGAAGCAUUGCACCAUAUCACUUGGUAAUUAUGGCAUGACUUUUCUGGUAGAAUUGAGACUUGUGAAAGUAAUGUGCUAUGCACCAGGGUUUCCAUACACAUUUUCACAUUGGUCCUAUUAUCAUGUUUGCCUGAGUACUUGCGAUCAAAAUGAGUUAUUUUCUUUCUAACCAAUGUGUGUUAGGAAUUUCACAUCCUUGUAACUGAAUUUGUAAAAUAUUUUUGCAGGGUACAUUGUCUCUUAGCCAAAUUAGCUACUGAAUUGACUAAAUGCUACUAGUUCGAAACAGAUAAAUAUCUUUAUUUUCAGUUGAUAUUCUUGCUUGCAAUUUUGGUUUAUUGUAGAAACUUCCGUGAAACUCAUGAUUUCCACUAACGAAAGAUCAUUGUAUUUGUUAUUAUUAUUAUUAUUGUCUA